UGGGUCGGUGCCAUGGAAAACAAAAAGGCCCGGGGGACGGGGAGGGGAAGGAGAAACCCGACAAGGGCCGAGGGAACCGGCGGUCCCGUUUUCCACCCUUCCAGAGGAACCAGGGCGAGCGGGCUCCAUUCCCCUGAAGCUGCCGGAGGAAGGAUGAGGCCCCUGCUCUGCUGCCUGGGGCUGGCUGCGCUCCUGGGGCCCUGCCUGGCCUGUCCCAGCGCCUGCUCCUGCUCCACCAAGAAGAAUGGGCGGCUGUUGGCUGAAUGCGCCUACAAGGAUCUGCAGGAAGUACCCGAGGGGUUGUCCUCCAAUGUGACCAUCCUCACCUUGUCAGCCAACAGGAUCGGCUGGUUGGGGCAGGGCUCCUUCGCCGAGGUUCCUGAAGUGCAGUCGCUGUGGUUGGGCUACAACCAGAUCGGGGUGGUGGAACCAGGGGCUUUCGCCUUGUUGGUGCACCUGAAGAACCUGGACCUGAGCCACAACAAGAUAGCGGAUUUCCCCUGGCAGGACCUCCGUAAUCUCAGCGGGCUGCAGAUCCUGAAGAUGAACAACAACCGCCUGGCGGGGCUGCCCUGGGACGCUUUCCGCUUCUUGAAGGACUUGCGCUCCCUCUGGCUUAAUGACAAUGAGUUGACCACCCUGGCCGAGGGCACCUUUGAUAACCUGCCCUCCCUGUCCCAGCUGCAGAUCUUCAACAACCCCUUCAACUGCUCCUGCAAAGUCUUCUGGCUGAAGAAGUGGACUGAAAAGACCUCUGUCUCCAUCACAAAGGGGGGGUCUACCCUGUGUGUGGCUCCCAGUAGGCUGAAGGGCAGGGCGGUGACAGACAUCCCUGACCACCACUGCAUUGCCCCCUCUGUGCAGCUCACCUACCUCUCCAACUUGGACAACACCGUCAUGUACGAUGGCCUCACCCUGACCCUGCACUGCAGUGUGGCAGGUAGCCCUCCACCGGAGAUCAGGUGGAAGAUCCAGACCUCCAGCCGCCGUGUUGAGAUCAAUGGGCCCAACGUGGCACGGGAUGGAAACGUCAAGCAGAGCCAAGAGCGCUUCUUGGUCUUCAAGAACGGCACCAUGGCCAUCCCCAACUUCCGCAAGGAGGAUGAAGGCAUCUACACCUGCCUCGCUGUCAAUGACGUGGGCACGCGGGACGUCUCGGUCAACGUGGCCUUGGCUGGGUCAGAGAAUCCAGCUGAAGACCUGCUCCAAGAUGACCCCCAAGCCAGCCACCUCGGGGGUCGGAGCUGCUACAAGGGGGACGAAAUGGAUCCCUCUGGUGCUGGAGAAAAGCUGGUGAUCGUUUACCAUAUGCCAAGGGAGUCGAAGAGCAGGUCCGGAGGAGUGGUGCCCCAGGUCGACCUGGGGACCCUCCUGCUGGCUUUGGGCAUCGUGCUCUGGUAUUAAAGGGGGGAGAAGGAAACAGUGCCUCGGGGUUCCCCCUCUUUCUGUAGCAUUUAUCUUCACGUAGUGCCAUGCCUUUGCUGAGCUUCUGGGAACUGUGGGCGGUCAGGAGUCAAAGGGGACCAAGACUCAGGUCCAGGGCUGGUUGUUCAACCCCUCCUUACAUGGGGGUCAGGGCUGGGCUCCAUUAGGUGGGAGCUUUAAACAAGCUCGGGGGAUGUAGAGCAGAUCCUCACUGUGCUGCCGCUUUCCAGGCAUCCAAAUCCACCACCUCCUGACUUAUCUCCCUCCUAAGACCAAAGUGCGGCUGCAGGAUUAAAGGCCACUCUCAACAGGGUGACCGUCACCCAUCCCCAGAGCCCACCACCAUGAGCCCUCCUCCACCCACAGCAGCAAGCUGUGACCAGCCAGGGGAUCUCUCGCAAAGAGGAUCCCAUCAGUCCAGUGGCACCAAAGAUGACAUCCCCGCUGUGACCAGCGCCCGGGCCCUUGGCUGGGUGCAUCCUUCCUACCACCAAACUCGCAUGGAGUGCCAGGAGCAGAAGGACCAGUCAGAGAGGGGUCCCAGGGCACGUGGCUCUGGGGGACAGAGAUAUGAAGGUGCUUUUUAAGCAGGAUAGGUAUGGUAGGACACAUUGGAUGGGGCCAUGGGCUUGGACCAGGCCCUUUUGUGGAGCAGGAGAAGCUUUACCACAGGCUUCAUCCCUGCAGGAGCUCAAAGGGCUCCUGCUGGCUGGGUGCUGGGAGCACCCAGGGUGCCUGCACCCUCCCUGCACGUUGCAGUAUCAGGCCCUGCCACCCUUGGUACCUCUCCCAGAUGCGAUGCAGUUUUUAUUUUUUUUCCCUCCCCUUCCCUUUCACCGCUGAAGCCUGCAGUCCAAAACACUCGGGCUGGGCUGGACCCACCGAGCCACACUGCUCCGGCUCCGACUCCGGAGGGGAGGGAUUGAGCCCAAUAAAAGACCAAAAUAAUUUCCCACUGCUCCUCUCUGAUGGGAAACCAAGCGGGGAAUGUAUGAUGGAGUGGUAGGAAGAAAGAUUGGGAAAAACCCCAGGUGACAGAGAGAAGCUGAGCUGACCUAUAAACACAUUCCUUAAGUGCUUUAGCAUUCCCGCACGGGACAUAUACGCCAUACCCGGCUGCCCUGGGGUGCUGGGGGGAACCCCUUGUCUCAUGGUGGGGUGGGCUGAGCAUCUCCGUCUCCCCAUCCCAAGGCACGGGGUGGGGGGUUCCAGCUCUUGUGCCUUCUGCCAGUGCUCGCCUGGGGGAGCUGGGUGGACCCCUGCAGCCACCCUCGCCUUAUAACCAAAGCUGUACGGACAGCAA